AAAUUUUCUUACAAUUUAUCUUGCACUAUUUGCAAUAUUUGAUCCAAUCAACAGUUGCUUCAAUUUUCAAUGUCCAAAUUUUUGCAGAAUUUUAAAGGUCUUCUUUUCGUCAAAUAUAUAUCUAUUUUAUUUCAAGUACAAUAAUUCAGGUACAAAAGACAAAUCUUAUAGAAUAAUAAUGUAAAACUUGCAAGUGAAAGAAGAGUAUAUUCUGUCUCGCUUUUGCUCGUUAUCUAACCUAACGUGGUAGGUUUGUCACGUUGCUUUUACUCUCUGGUCUCUAGUAUAUUCUGGUAUAUUCUUUGUAUUCCUAAACGAAAUAGAUAUGAGCGUUGAAGAAAGAUCGAAAAUACAUACAGGAAGUGCGAGCGUGAACAAAUCUAAUAUUUAUAUUGUUUGUAUCAUUGCAAAUUGAUAUAUUAUGUCAGGGAUCAAGUUUUUUUGUCGUUAAAAAUUCAUGUACAUAUAUAUAUAUUUAACACUGAAUAUAUGAAUUAAAAAAACUGAAUACACCAUAAUAAUGAGAUGAUGAGCGAUUAAUUAUAAUAUAUUCUAUGUAAAUGACUUCACAAUAAAAUAUAAUGUGGAAUCUAAUGCUGAUGAGAUUGUAUAAUACAACUAUCAAAAGCAGAAAAGUACAGAUUUGCAAGCAUUGGACAUCAAAUGUAACUGUUAUUAAAAUGAAUAGCAUGUGCACUAACACCGAUUCUUUUGAUAUAAAUCUUUUUUCUCCAGUAGAUAAGGAAAAAAUACUUGAAGUAAUAAACAAUAGAAACACAAAAGAUCUACUGCAAUAUUCCAUUUCUGAGAAACGUGCACAAAACUUAGAGUUGCAUCGAGCAAAUAAUGGGCCGUUUACAUCACUGGAAGAUUUGUUACAAGUAAAGAAUAUGAAUAAAAAAUGUACAUAUAACUUUUAUAAGUCAAUUAUAUUGGGUAAGAAAAGGAUAGGUCCUAAGAAGAGUAUGUCAGGCUUAGUUAUAACACCAAAAAAUAUCGUAAAUGAUCAAAAGGAUGUCAACACAGCAUUAGGCAUAUAUGUAGGAUAUGACAUGAUAAGUUGGUCAUUAUUAAAUCGUGAUUGCCAAGUAUUACAAUGGAGCUUUAAAUGCUUUCCACAAAAAGAAUCAAAGGAAAACAUUCAUUCUAUACUUCAAACAACAAUACCAAUUGCUAGGAAAUUACCGAAGGCUGAUCGAUACAUAAUGCAGGAGGCUAGUAUAGGCCAUAUACAAAACCGCAAGUCUUAUCAGCAUUUUGCACAACAAUCUUUAAUGAGUGCUAUCAUUCUGUCAUAUCUGACAAUGCAGGACAAUCAAUGUAAUGACAUUGUAAAGUUUGUGGAAAAUAAUAUCUUUAUACUUCGACAAUCCGUUUUACGUAAAGUUUAUGGACUUACAUUAGACAAGGAAACUAUUUCUACACAAUAUAUGUUACAAAAGCUGCUACAAGAAAGCGAAUUAGUAAAAACGAACGAACCGAAAGUAUUAAUAGGAAGAGAAUUAAAAGACAUGUACAAUGCGCAAAAUUCUGUUUAUCAAGAACAGAUUGGUUGGUCAUUAUUAAUAUCAUUAGUUUUUAUAGAGUUGUUUGUACAUAAACGAUCUGAUAUGAUUUUUCGCGAGUUUCCUCAGAGAUCGUAAUAUAAUAUAAUAUUAGUUGUGCGAAUAAAGAAUCUUUUUUUA